GUGAUUUUUCCGAGUUAUUCUGCUUACGCUUGAGAAACUGUCCUUCAUGUGUUCUGAGCCAGCGCCGAGCGAGAAAAGAGCUCUACGAGGUUCCCGGCGGUGACCUCAGGCUGCCCCCUGGGCGGCCGUGUGCGCGCGGGCGGGCCGUGCGAUGGCGGCUUGAGCACCUCUUGUCUCUGCAGUGGGUGGAGUCAGAUUUGUUGUGUGAGUACCCCUUGCUGUGUGGUGCCAUGACAACGCAAUUUUGUACCUCGUCGACUUCUACUUUGUAUGCCAUGUCCUAUCCCGUUUCUUCUUUCCCAUCCUCGUCGUGGCGGCGGAGAGCGAGAAGGCUGAGACUCGCCAUGUUUCGACAGGCCCUCUUUGACAUCCAUACUCUGCAGUGCGUUCCAGUGGGGGCGCAGUCUCCAGAGGUGGUGCAGUCUCCAGCCGUGGUGCAAUCUCCAGAGAUCCGUGUGCUAGAGGCUCUGGGUGUGAUGACUGAGUCAUUCGACGGAGUCGCUAAACCCGAUGGGCCAACUGAUCGUGGGAAAGCUUUCUCGUCUUAUUAUGUUGCUUAUUCUCCAGAUGCGGUGCAGUCCCUUGAUGGUGUGCUGGGUUCUGUUUCUUUUCUUCCUGGUGUUCAGAAUGAGGAGCUGCAGGACGAGGUGUUGCAGAAUGAGGAUUUGCAGAGUGAGGAGGUGCUGAAUGAGCAGUUGCAUUAUUCUCAUCAUAAAGAUUCUGUUGAUCCAGGUGUUCUGAAAGAGGAGUUGCAUGAUGAGGAUUGCAUUGUUCUCAUCAUAAAGAUUCUGUUGAUCCAGGUGUUCUGAAAGAGGAGUUGCAUGAUGAGGAGUUGCAGGGUGAGGAGUUGCAGAAUGAGGAGUUGCGGAAUGAGCAGUUGCAUUAUUCUCAUCAUAAGGAUUCUAUGGCUUCACACCCUGGGAGUUCCACGACUGGGAGAUUAUCUAAUGCAGUUGUGAGUUCAGCAGUGACGGAGGACGAGUGUCAAGCUGCCAGGGACUGGGCCUUGCCGGUGUCGAUGUCAGCGCCCUUUGGCGUGAGCUACACCGACUCCCGAGACAGGAGUUUCAGCGUAGGACUGAGGCUCUUCAUGCAUACAGGCUGCAAAUGGGAAUUGAAAGUUCCGAGGAGGAUGAUUUGCAACAAGGGGGUCCUCAGAGUUCUACUUCCAGGAGUGCAUUGACGCGGAGCGGCAAGAAGGAUCGGAAACGGCACAGAUGAUGCACAUGUGAUUGAUCCUGCACGUAUGUUUUUGACAUUGCGUUGCCUUUCUUCAUGCCUGUGUGUGUUGUCGUGCAUGCGCGUGUGUUGAAUAAGAGCUUCGCCUGAUCCCUUAGGUCAUUCGUUGCUUCCUUGAUUUGAGUGCUCAUUGACCUUUGAACGUGACUUUCCGUGAUUUGUCACGUGGUGCCUCAAAGUAGGCCUUUGAUCUGGUCGACACCAGGUUUCACUUAGACAUGGUUUCACACGUCCAGGUUUCAUUUAGGCAUGGUGUCAAAGCACACUCGCUAUCUCAGUUCUCUUAGUUUCGUGUUCUUUCUCAGUGGUGUUGAGACGGUAAUCGCUGUAUAAACCAGUGGUUACUGUAUGGUCUCUCGCUGCUUCUUGUUGUCUUGUACAGCUUCUUUGAUCAUCUUUGUCGUUUUGCAUUCUAGUGUAUUGGCAGUCUUGUGCAUAUCUGUACAGCUUCGCUGUUUGAUGCACCUCUGCUUUAAUCUUUGCAGCUUCGCUGUCUUCCUGUACAGCUUCGCUGGUUAGGUUCUUUGUGUUUAGGCCUGCUCCCAUGGGAGCUCGAACCGGCCUUCGCAAAAGACGCAAAAACCUGGUUGACGGUUUACCGCCGGCUCCCAGUUCCGGGGCGCUGGAGAGCUAGUUGGCAAGA